CUAUAGUUAGCACUUACCACAGGAGCCCAGAGUUCGGCACUUUUAUCAGUUGAAUUACACUUGGUUUAUUCCAUACAGCCCUGAUAGAAAGAAAGGCACAAUGGAUUUUGGGCCGUGACGGCCUUUUAUACAUUUAGCGCUUUGCUGCACAACAGAACUAUAUUCGCAACACUGAAAAGAGUUAUUUAUCAUGGGGAAAAAGACAACCUAAUAAUGGCAUUAGUUACUACCAGUGUCAGUAUGCAGGAAAAUAUCCACCUGUAGAGAAAGUUCUGGGAAAUUCUGGCAAUUUAUCAAAUAAGAACAUUUCUUGAGAAAUUUAACAAAAAUAAGUGGAAGGUAAGUGGAAGUGGAAUAAGUGGAAGUUUGGGGAAAUUGCUACAUUUGCCUCUAUUCCCCCAAAUUCCUGGCUUACAAAAAAAGGAAAGAAAAGCGCUUGGCCCAAGAGGUCACGUUUAGUGCCUUUACAGAAAUCCUGUUCCGUGUAUAUCCGUUGUACACAGCUCGACCUGAAUUGAUUGUGAACGUGUGAAUGAACAUGGACGACACAGUUGAUCAGUCGCCAAGCCUGGCCGAGAAGGGUUGCAAGAGAGCACUGGUCAGAAAUUUAAUAGCUUUUUGGCUUCUUGGUCUGUGCAAUAAUUACAGCUUCUAUGUCAUGCUCAGUGCUGCGUACGAUAUUCUCAAGAAACAACCUGAUGCAACUAAUGUAGACCCGCCAGAUAUGUUCAACCUAACUAACAGUACCGAAGUAUCAAGGUUUGACUGCAGUUCCGUGUCUACCGGGGCUGUAUUGCUGGCAGACAUUCUACCGCAGUUGGUAAUCGAUGUAGCUGCCCCAUGGUUUGCUGAUUACAUACCAUACGGUCUUCGAGUUGCCAUAUGUGUCGCUACAGCUGCAUCCAGUUUUCUCCUUGUGGCUUUGAUUGGCGCUCGAAUGGUUGCUAUUGGGCUGAUCGGAGUUGUCCUGGCUGGUAUAUCCGCGGGUCUUGGUGAAUUCACCUACCUUAGUUUCAUGGCAUUUCAUGACAAGAAUUCAGUGUCUACCUGGUCAUCGGGCACUGGUGCCUCUGGACUGGUCAGUAGCCUGACUUACGCCGGGCUGGCAGAGGUGCUAGGUCCUGAGAAGUCACUGCUCGUGAUGGUGGUGGUGCCAGCAAUAACCAUUGUCAGUUACUGGGGUGUUUUAGUCAGGGUCCCCAUAAAAAGACCCAUUGUACAUGACGAUAACUUGAAUCACGAGGAGAGACAAAGACUGGUGGGGAAUGGUUCAGUAGAGAGUGCUGAUCAAGAGGUCGGGAUCUCCAAGAGGCAGCAUCUAACUUUGGCAGAGAGACGACACCACCUCAAGUAUCUGCUGAAGUACAUAAUCCCAUUGAUGUUGGUGUACGUAGCUCAGUAUUUCACCAAUCAAGGGCUGCUGGAGCUGAUAUAUUUCAAAGGGACUUGGAUGUCACAUGACAGUCAGUACAGAUGGCUGCAGGUUCUUUUCAGAUUAGGAAUGUUCUUCUCGCGUUCGUCGGUUAACAUCGUCAGGUUCAAACGGCUCUGGAUUUUUUCCAUUUUACAGUGGUGUGUAUUGGUCUUGGUGUUCACCGAAGUCUACUUCACCUACAUGCCAAGUAUCGCCAUCAUCUUUGCCAUCAUCUUUUGCGAAGGGUUGAUAGGUGGAUCGGCCUACGUCAACACCUUUCACCAGAUCAGAGUCAAAGAAAGACUCAAAUACAAGGAGUUCGCUAUGGGAGCAACCAUCCUCGCUUCGGCCAUCGGCACAUCGCUGGCUGGGGUCCUGGCCUUGCCUGCCCAUGAUGCAUUGUGCCAGCCGUAAAUCACCUUUGACCCAUAACCGUUUAUCAUAUAGAAAUGAUGUGCUUUCCUAUAUGAUAAAUGACCUAAACACUGAAGUUGGCAAAGAUUACAUGGCCCUGGGGGAGGAAAACCCACAACCUCGAUCCCUGUAUUUCAAGGAAACCUAAAGCAGUGUUGUCCCAUUCCAAAUUCCUUUAUUGCUAAAUGACGCUUUUUAGCUCAAUGCGUUUGUGUACGUUAAAACGGUAUACAGAUAACAUACAGUGGAUUAAAUCUGCUUCAUACACCUUUCUGCCGUCGGAUUAAUGAUAUUUAAGAAAGAGAUGACAAUUUCCAUGUUUUAUAUGUUCCACAUACAGAGAAAACGAUGUAUCAUGUCGAUUGUGUGACAAAAUUGUUGUUAGCGCAGGAGUGGCGUAAUUCCCCGGACGGGGGCGGGGGUCGGGGAGAUGCCCCUCAUUCUCCCACCCAUUUAAACUCUUGCUAUGGACACGACCUACAUGCAAGGAGUUUUUAUUUUGCUUUCAGUGUUCCCGAGAAUUUGCACCCAACUUACGCUAAUGGAGUUACCAUGGUGAUAAAAGAAUAUGGCAUAAAUUCCAAUCAGUAGGAAAUCUACAAAAAAUCUCUCUAACUGUUUAUUCGUGUUUUCAGCUAUUGUGUGAAACGUGUUAGGCCUAUAGGAACUCCGUCUUCAGCUUCAAAAGUUUUCGUUCACCAGAAACCACUUUCAUAGUUUUGUUUGAUUUCCUUUUGGAAACCUGGAGAAAACUGCAGCUGUUGAAUUAGAUAUUUUGCUCACUUUGAACUCUCUCAAAUGGUGAUACGCUUUAAAAUGAGAGUAAAAAGGACGUCAUUUACAGCGUUAGAUUUGCAGACGGGAUUCACAGUGUGUGGAAUGAGAGGUGUAGGAUGCUGCAGCAAAGGUAGAAGUUCGGACUACCUCAUCCGGUUUCCCGGUCAUUCCGCAAGAUGGUCUGUGUCCAUCCUCCUGUUAUUCCUCCUCCUUGCCUCCUUAGCUGAAGGCAUCCUGACAGAUGAAACUUAUAUCCAGAGUUUAGGGGCAACUCAGCCCCAUCUGUACGCACCGUCAAUCUGCGCACUAGUCGCUGUGAUCGUCUCUCUUGUCUAUUACCAACAAAUGGAGAUCUGGAAAGUUGGUGGCAUGGCCUUCCUCCUGCUGUUCUACUAUGCAGCGGCGGCUCUGACAGAGAUUGGAAGGCUCAUUAACUUGUUUGAGCUAGACCAAGUAUCGAUGAAGAUUACCCGGUUUGACCUGGUGGUACUGAAACUGAAUUGCUUUAUGGUGCUUUUCAUUUUGGAAUUAAAUGUCAUCCGAGUAAAGGUGUUAUGUCGCAGACGGUGUAGGAAGGAAAGCACACCUGAGGACAUUUCUUUCCAAGGUCCGUUUUACCGAAGUGACUAUGUCAACUUCGCCUCGGAGCUGGUCUUCUGGUGGCUAAACUGGCUUUUCUUCCUGGGUUACAAGCGGUCAAUCGAGAUAGACGACCUGGGAAGGUUGCCGAAGAGAAUGAGCGCCGAGCAUCUCCAGCAACAACUCAAGAAGGAGUUCCAGAGA